GCUUUUGCCCUGCUUCACAAGGAAACGGGACUCAGGGAAACAACAUUUGCACUCUACAGUUCCGCAUUGUGGUUAUCAUGCAGUCAUUCACAGCCAAUACGAGAUCGAUCGACUAGAGCAGAGGAACAAAUGUUUUGUCUAUUUGAAAAGUUAGCUGUCAUAAACACAAAUGAUUACUAUACCGUUUAGCUCAGUUGAAGUGAUGGUUAGGUUGUGAGUUAGUGAUGGAGAACAUUGACGAGACACCGUUUCGGAUCACCCGUACCGUCCAAGCUCUGGGCUCCGCACUACGGGGAGAGCCUGAAAAUGUUCCCGAUGCCGGUCAGGGUAGCAGUGACAGAAUCUCGAGUGAGCCGGAGAAGCUUUGGUUUAAAGAAAGCAGCGCUAAGAAUCUCCAAAACAGGGAUUUCUUGUCACCCACUACGGUGCUGAAUACGCUUUAUGCAGACGGACAGGUUCCCCCAGCAGUGAUGGGUAGAGUGCUGUCCCUGAAAGGGUGUGGGGUUCUCCCUGUGGCUGGUGGGGAGGUCAUGGGAGAGGGGCUGAGGGUGCGGGUUGACCGGAUUGCCGCGUUUCAGAAGGUCCUGAGUGGAGUGUCGGCGUACCUGAAGCCUCCUAGCCAGAGACAGGGGGGUGUGGUGCUCAACUGCCCGGCCCUUCACCCCAAACCAAAUUUACCCUCCCCGGACACACUCACGCUGGGGCAACUACGCACCGUGCUGCUGACUGACCACUUAGGGGCGCUACUGAGGAGACAGGGGUUUACUGUGUCCUGCUGCCCUGUGCUGCCUGAAGAUAGCAACAUCAUCGUCUUCCUCCGAAUACUUGGCGUCGAUUGGCCGUCAGUGCCGGUCAGCUGGACCAAUGACGAGAGGGAGGAGAAGAUGUUGGAGGCUUUACAGAAUUCCCCGUACAAAGAAAGAGAGGAGACAGAUGGAGGAAGGCGAGAGAGUGAAGGAAAGAAGAUGGAGGGAGAGAAGGAGUGGGGGACGCUCAGGGUGAACUUGAAGAGGGUGUUUCAGGAGGAGCAGCUGCCAGGGUAUGACCCCAGCCUGGGUACCUGUACAGUGCAACGAGACAGUGUGUCUCAUCUGGCCCAACUGGACAGGUCUACUGCAGACUGCACAGUAUCCACAGCAACCGUGGUACAUGUCACUUCCUGUCAGGAUGAGUUCCGCCAGCAGCAGAUAGCGAUGCUCUGGAGAGCCAGCGGUGCAACAGUGACACAGAGGCAUCUAGUUUGUGGACCAGUGAAGACUCCUGGAAGUCACCUCAGUGCGGCCCAGUAUCUCCAACUGAGAAGAGUGCAGAUGAAGGAGGCCUCAGAGAUGAAGUACGGAGAACAAGUCGAAGGCCAGACUUGGGAUGACAUCAUCAAGGUCAUGACCUCAGCCACUGUGAGGUUUGAGCUGCUCUCAACGGUCCAUAUGAGCCCGGUCACCCUGGACGUGCAGAGGGAAGGCAGUGUGUCCACCAAAGGCCCCAGAGGCGGAGUCUUUGUCAUGUACAACUGUGCUCGGCUCCACACCCUCUUUGACAGUUACGAGCGAGGCAUGGAGAAGGGACUUUACCCUGAAAUCCCAGAGGGCUCCCAGUUGGACUUCUCAGCUCUAAAAGAAGAGGGGGAGUGGCUUCUUCUGUUCAAUUACCUCAUUCCAUUCUCUGAGCUUCUCGACCAAUCAGGACAGGCGUUGGAGUGUGAUGGAGGGGCCAGAGUCAACCUGAAGACUGAACAGAUCUGCAAGUUCCUGGUGUCUCUCAGUAAGGAUUUUAGCUCCUAUUACAACAGAGUCCACGUCCUUGGGGAGCCGUUGCCUCACCUCUUCAAUCAGAUGUUCUGUCGGCUGCAGUUGUUGAGAGCACUGAGAGAGCUCUACCAUCGCGCGUUGGAUACUCUUCACCUUCCUCCCAUCCGGCAGCUAUAGCCACAAAUACCCCAACUGUAGCCCCGAAUAUAGCCCCAACAUGCCCCAACAUACCCCAACUUUAGCCCCGAAUAUAGCCCCAACAUACCCCAACUGUAGCCCCGAAUAUAGCCCAACUGUAGCCCCGAAUAUAGCCCAACUGUAGCCCCGAAUAUAGCCCCAACAUGCCCCAACAAAUGCCCCCAAAAUACCCCAACUGUAGCCCCCAAAAUACCCCAACUGUAGCCCCCAAAAUACCCCAACUGUAACCCCCAACAUGCCCCAACAAAUGCCCCCAAAAUACCCCAACUGUAGCCCCAACAAAUGCCCCCAAAUACUCCAACUAUAUAAGGCCUAAUAACUGCCGUAAAUUAUCACUAGCCUAUCCCCUACAUGAAAUACACAUAUAAAUGUCACUUUUACUACGGUACUGUAGCUAUUAGGCUUUUAUCCCCCCCCAAUUAAAACCCUGUGAAGUCCUCUUAUGUAUAUGUGACAUACACCUGGUAUUACACCCAGGCUAUUUACUGUUGAUGAAAGAAACUGUAGAGAUAAUUUGCACCCCUGUGUGAAGCCUUGGUCUCCCCAGACGUAUCACCAGUAUCUCUGAUGCACCACAGAUGCAGCCUCUACCAGAGACCCUCACUGCCUUUGAAACGAUGAACAUCUGCCUGUCUUCGGUCUUCCCUUCUACGAUACCAUAGACACUAUUCCGCUAACAGACACUGCCCUAGAGCCAUAGAUACAGUAUUAACACACACUGUAUGUACACCGUGUAAGCACUGCCCCCGUCCUCAUCACUAGAUAUUGCGCCUGGCAACCAUGAGCCAUUUACUGUCCCCUUCUCCCUUCCCUCCUACUUGAAUAAUACAAAUAUAUAUAUUUCAUUGGAACUGGCUGUGUCAGUAUUAUAUAUAUAUAUAUAUUGUGGUAAACCGUGGGGUGUUGGGUUGAGCGUGCAGAGAUUGACACGGAGACAGGGGGGGGCUUUAGUCCGCAAAAACAAAUAUAUCAAAGAAAUUGCUUGGCCUUCCUUCUCUCUCUUAACCGGUGUCCGUCUCUCACCCGCGGUGUGCCACCAUGCUCCUUUUGGGGCGGCAGGGUAGCCUCGUGGUUAGAGCGUUGGACUAGUAACCGAAACGUUGCGAGUUCAAACCCCCGAGCUGACAAGGUACAAAUGUGUUGUUCUGCCCCUGAACAGGCAAUUAACCCACUGUUCCCAGGCCGUCAUUGAAAAUAAGAAUUUGUUCUUAACUGACUUGCCUGGUUAAAUAAAGGUCAAAUUAAUUUGAAAAAUUAUCCUUUAAUUUACCAGGUAAGUUGACUGAGAACACGUUCUCAUUUGCAGCAACCACCUGGGGAAUAGUUACAGGGGAGAGGAGAGGGAUGAAUCAGCCAAUUGUAAACUGGGGAUUAUUAGGUGACCGUGAUAGUUGGAGGGCCAGGUUGGGAAUUUAGCCAGGACACCAGGGUUAACACCCCUACUCUUACAAUAAGUGCCAUGGGGUAUUUAAUGACCUCAGAGAGUCAGGACCCCCGUUUAACAUCCAAUCCAAAAGACUGCACCCUACACAGGGCAGUGUCCCCAAUCACUGCCCUGGGGCAUUGGGAUAUUUUGUUUUUAGACCAGAGGAAAGAGUGCCUCCUACUGGCCCUCUAACACCACUUCCAGCAGCAUCUGGUCUCCCAUCCAGGAACUGACCAGGACCAACCCUGCUUAGCUUCAGAAGCAAGCCAGCAGUGGUAUGCUGCUGGUAUUUGGCCUCCACGGCUGGUUGGCACUUUCCUCUAAUCACCUCCACUUAGAGCUGUCCGUGUCGGGGUGCCCAGCUCCCGUAUUCCCAGCAGAGGGAGCCAACGUCGCCUCACGUACCUCCCCUCUAUUACCAUCCCCCGGGGUAGACCUCCUAGGAUACCACAAUAUAUAUAUGGAAUGAUACAUGUGACAUAGACUAACCCACCACCACCACCACAGUACUUCUGUUGUGCCAAAGUACUAUACAGUACUGUCCCAGAUCCCCGUUCUCCAUUGUCGCUCUGUGCCAUAUCUUGGACUGUUGUUAUUGUGUACGUUUUUUGUGUUUUUAUGGUGACCCGAGUUUUACACGGACUCUCACUCUCUCCCACAAUGUUGUCAACUGUGCAUUGGGCCAAUAUAUUUUCCACCUAGAUCAAUAAAUGAGUGUUGACCUCGGUGA